AUUAUGAGGUUGCAGUUUAUAAUCAGUGUGGAUGGCGGCACUAGAUUCAUCAAAUAAAUUAUGGUGUUACAGCUCACUAUUUGCAACACAAAAUAAUUAAAAAUAAAAAAAGGUGAAAAGUUGAAAGCUGGAUCCGAUUCAAGCGAUGUGAUUCCGUGACCUUAUUUGGAUCCGUAGUGGCGAUGGAGGAGUAAAGCUAUGGAUCUAUUCGUUCUUGUAACUUUGGUUACAAAGUCACAGUUUUUGAUCUGAUUUUGCAGCUAUUGAUCUCUUCGUUCUUCGCUUCAAUUUCCCAGGUGGAUAAAUUUAGAUUCUCGCUCUGUCAUGUAGAUGUUUGAUGGCAAAAUGGGUUAACAUUUUUGAAGGAGUGUCAAGUUGAAGAGAACAGAUUGGUGCAGUUUUGUGUUGCGAGAAAGAUUGGUAAGCUGUGGGAACAUCAUGUCAUUGAAAAGCAUAGUCCGUGAACUCAAGGAGAUGAGAGAUGGAAUAGGUAACAUAUCAAAGCGGGGUGAAGAAAGCAAGCAUUGGCACGGUCGGAUGAAGUCACAUGUAGCUCCGGAUGUCCUUGUAACUCCAAAUGAACCUAUUCAACAGGGUCAAUGGGCAAAUCUACCACCAGAAUUGCUUUUGGACAUAAUCCAUAGGGUUGAAGAGAGUGAGACAUCUUGGCCUGCACGGGCUGUUGUUGUUUUUUGUGGUUCGGUAUGUAAAUCAUGGAGGUCCAUUACAAAAGAGAUUGUCAAGACACCUGAACAAUGUGGAAGGAUUACAUUUCCUAUUUCAUUGAAGCAGCCGGGUCCUCGUGAUUCUCCAAUACAGUGCUUUAUCAGGAGGAAUAGAGAAACUUCUACAUAUCUAUUGUACUUUGGUCUGGUGCCAUCGGAGAAUGAGAGUAAUAAGUUGUUAUUAGCUGCCAAAAGGAUAAGAAGAGCAACAGGCACCGACUUUGUCAUAUCCUUGACUGCAGAUGAUUUUUCUCGGGCCAGCAACAAAUAUGUUGGUAAACUGAGGUCUAAUUUUUUGGGAACCAAGUUCACUAUAUUUGACAGUCAACCUCCAAAUGAUGCUGCAUUUCAACCAAAUUGUCGUUCCAGUAGGAGAUUUAACUCUAAGCAGGUAUCACCAAGAGUUCCAGCAUGUAACUAUCUUGUUAGCACUGUUUCCUAUGAGCUGAAUGUUCUCCGCACUAGAGGGCCAAGAAGAAUGCACUGCAUCAUGAACUCCGUACCUGUCUCAGCUAUUCAGGAAGGGGGCAACGCCCCAACUCCAACAUCUUUCCCUCAAAUAUUUGAUGAACCUCUUUCUCCCUCACCAGCACUGAAAGGAAAAGGCCCAAUUACAGAUUUAAACUCUGCAAGCCUAUCAGAGCUACCAGUAUCGAGCCAAGGCUCAGUUGAGCAUUUGGUACUAAAAAACAAGGCUCCCAGAUGGCAUGAGCAGCUACAGUGCUGGUGCCUAAACUUCAAGGGUCGUGUUACAGUGGCUUCUGUUAAGAACUUUCAACUUGUAGCUGCUGUUGAUCCAUCUCAUAAUGUUUCUGCUGCAGAGCUAGACAAGGUAAUCUUGCAGUUUGGAAAAAUUGGAAAAGACAUAUUUACCAUGGAUUACCGUUAUCCGCUCUCCGCCUUUCAGGCUUUUGCCAUCUGCUUGAGCAGCUUUGAUACCAAACCAGCCUGUGAAUGAGAACCAUGUUACUACAUUGUGAUUAUAUUAUGCUGAUUUGUUCUAUAUAUAAAAUGCUAGGCACUGUUCAUCAGGCAUGGUGGCAUGCAGCUGAAAAUCUUAACUGUGCAGCCAUUAGUAUUCUCCCCUUGUAAUGUGGUUGAUUCUGGAAUUUUUUUUAUGAAUGUUUCAGUCAUGCAACUCAAAUUAAAUUC